UGAGCCGAUAGCCAGGGCUCCGAAUCUACCUUUUAUCUGUUAAUUAUUAGUGAAAAACAUAAUUUGGAAUGGGUUAUAAAUUUCUAAACCUCGCUUCCUCGUCACUAAGGGUUAGUGGCUUUCGAACUGCUACCAGACAUUAUGCAACGACCCAUGAUGCAGACAUAGUGGUAAUUGGUUCCGGACCUGGUGGCUAUGUAGCUGCCAUCAAAGCUGCCCAACUUGGCAUGAAGGUGGUGUCUGUAGAGAAAGAUCCUAGUCUUGGAGGAACAUGCCUAAAUGUAGGCUGUAUUCCAUCAAAGGCUUUGCUUCACAACUCACAUCUGUAUCACAUGGCGAAACAUGACUUCAAACAUAGAGGCAUCAAUGUCUCUGACAUCAGUUUUGAUUUUAAAGCCAUGAUGGAUUAUAAGGCAAAUGCAGUUAAAGGUCUUACUGGUGGUAUUGCUAUGUUGUUCCAGAAAAACAAGGUGAACCUUGUUCGUGGAGUAGGAUCCAUAGUUGCCCCAAACAAGGUAGAAGUCAAGGGUGAACAGGGUGUUGAGACUGUGAACACAAAGAACAUUCUUAUUGCAACUGGCUCUGAAGUUACACCCUUCCCUGGUGUUACGUUCGAUGAGGAGCAGAUUAUUACAUCCACUGGAGCACUUUCAUUAUCAGCAGUUCCAAAGAAAAUGCUUGUUAUUGGAGCUGGUGUUAUUGGUCUGGAGCUGGGUUCGGUUUACCAGAGGCUUGGUGCUGAUGUUACUGCUAUUGAAUUCUUGACUUCCAUCGGUGGUGUGGGUAUCGACGGCGAAGUAGGAAAGACACUGCAAAAAAUUCUUACUAAACAAGGCAUGAAAUUCAAACUGGGUACUAAAGUGUUGGGUGUCAAGAAAGAGGGAAGCACUGUCAAAGUUGACGUAGAGGCAGCAAAGGGCGGCAGUAAGGAAACGCUGGAAUGCGAUGUGGUUCUCAUUUCUAUUGGACGCCGUCCAUACACUAAAGAUCUCGGUCUGGAUAAAGUUGGCAUCGCUCUGGAUGAUCGCGGCCGCGUACCUGUCAAUAACAAGUUCCAGACUACCGUACCUGGAAUAUAUGCAAUUGGCGAUGUAAUACAUGGUCCCAUGUUGGCCCAUAAGGCUGAAGAUGAAGGCAUUGUCUGUGUUGAGGGUAUCAAGGGCUUGCCAGUUCAUUUCAACUAUGAUGCUAUUCCAUCUGUGAUUUACACAUCACCUGAAGUCGGCUGGGUCGGAAAAAGUGAGGAGGAUCUAAAGAAGGAGGGUAAAGCAUACAAAGUAGGCAAAUUUCCAUUCCUAGCAAACUCGAGAGCAAAGACCAAUGGGGAAACAGAUGGUUUUGUAAAAGUGUUAUCCGACAAGUCUACAGACGUCAUUUUAGGAACACACAUUAUUGGACCCGGCGCCGGCGAAUUAGUCAACGAGGCUGUACUAGCCCAAGAAUAUGGGGCUGCUGCAGAAGAUGUAGCAAGAGUAUGCCACGCACAUCCCACAUGUGCUGAAGCCCUGCGCGAGGCAAACUUGGCCGCGUAUGCUGGAAAACCGAUCAACUUCUAAUUUUAGAUGUAAUUGUACAAAUAAUAAAUGUUAACUCACAACAUCCGAGUCGUGUUAGUAAUGUAUUCUAAUUAAGUUGGUCUGCCUUAAGGAAUCUUGUAUGAAUCUGAGUUGAACAGUUUUGGAUAUUAAAGUAAUUUAAAGUCGUCGUAUUACGCCUUUUGUAAAUCACUCAUCUUAAAAGUUUAUUUUGAAUGUGUUCUAUGCGAAAUCUUUUUAUUUAUUGUAAUCAGACACAACUGAUUAUGUGAUAUUUGUUUUUAAAAUAUUUAUUUCUGAAAUGUUAUUUUAUGUACUAUAUAAUUUCAUUCCGUUAUGUUGAGAACAACGUCCUUGAUAUAACAUUUACCUGAUAUAAAUGUUGUGGACAAGGAUAUAUUUAUUUUCUUUUGUAAAUAGGUUUACAAAAAUACAGUUGUCUACUACGUA